UUUUCACCUGUGAGGGGAGAAGGAGAGAAAAGAACACAGGAUACACACACACAGACACAGGAUACCUGCAUCCGUAACAAGUAUAAUAUUACUUUAGCUAAUAUGGUCACAUACAGCUGAUGUGUUGUGCAUUGAAGUCCACAAGUGAAGGGAAAAGCUCCUUUCUCUGCAUCCUGCCAUCCCUUGCUCCAGCAGCAGACUCUCCCAGGGAGGGGCUCCUGCAGCCUUAACUCGGUUUACCACAGUAAGACUCAUCACUGUUAUGAAGCAUGAUGUACCAUUGCUGAGUUAAAAGAGUUGCAGGUGUGAGUCGGCAGCAUGCUGCGGUCAGCCCCCAGUCUUCCAUGGAUAGUGAGGUGGGCACUUCAGAGCUGGAGGAUGACACUAUAUCUAUGGGCUAUAAACUACAGGACAUGACAGACGUACAGGUCAUGGCUCGACUGCAGGAGGAGAGCCUGCGUCAGGAGUACGCCACUACGUCUUCUUCGACCACGGCCAGCCGUCGCAGCUCCAGCUUCUCACUCCGGUGCAGCGAGAUGGACCUGGACGAGGAAGAGGAGGAUGAGGAGGGCUACAACCAGCUCCCUCCGCCCCAGCCUCGGCUGCUCCGGACUGGGUCCAUGCAGUGGGGCAGCCUGUCUCACUCACACACCUUCUCCAGUAUCUCCAGUAUCAGGGAGUGCAGCAGACGCAGCACCUCCACCCCUCAGUACUCACUCAGUGGGUUGUCCCAGUACCAGCAGCAAUUCUCUGGACCCUCCAGACUCAUCGUGGACACAUAUGGAUACAGGUCCAGCACAGACAAGCUGCGGAGAAGCAUGCCCAACCUGAUCCGAGCUCCCAGCAUGCAUUGCGAUCCCAGUGUUGUUCCAAGCCUGGUGUCUCCUGUCAAUCACUCAUCUGGUCCCUCCUCCCUGCCAGUAACCAUGCGGAACAGCCAAAGCUUCGACUCGUCCAAUGGGCUCGCACGACUUCAGUCCUCCAUUCCCUCCACCGCCCAGCUCAGCCAGCGAUUCCAGAGUGUGGGAAACUUCCACACAACCCCCAGACACCCUGUCAAGGCCACAGCCUAUGUCAGCCCCACGGUCCAACAGGGUCCCUUCUCCUCCUCCAACACCCUCUCUACCUCUGCCAUUCUUAACAACAUCCCCAGCAGUGCACCCAAGGCCCUCAAAGUCACCAUCCCCAGUGGUGUCCCCCAGCCCUCCUCCAUCCCCCGUAGUGCCUUACCACGACCCGCCUCCUUCACAGGGACCGGUGGCACCCCCCGCCCCAGCAAGAUUGCCCAGCCCACACACAGUCUAUUGACCCCCCCAAAGAGCCUGGCUGCGCUAAGCGCCCUGAGAGACGGCAGCUGGAAGGAUGGCUGCUACUGAACCCGGGAUGUUGUAUAACACCUCAUCAUUCAUUGGGUUACUGUAAGAUCUCUAUGUUCUGAACCAAGGCCUGAGGCCAUGGAUCAUUCAUAUGGGCCAUAUGAGUCGCAGCUUGAAGGGAUACAGUGCAUUUACAAAGUAUUCACACCCCUUGACCUUCUCCACAUUUUGUUGUGUUACAGCCUGAAUUUAAAAUGGAUUAACAUUUGAUUUAUUUUGUCACUGGCCCAUAAUGUCAAAGUGGAAAUAUGUUUUAACAUUUAUUUUGACAAAUAAAUUAAAAAUGAAAAGCUGAAAUGUCUGAAGCCAAUAACUAUUCAACCCUUUGUUAUGGCAAGACUAAAUACGUUUGGAAGUAAAACAUGUUUAACAAGUCACAUG